ACUGACGCAGCAGCUGUAUAAACACAGCUCCCUUACCUACUACUCCCCUCCUCACUCACACUCAUCGCCCCGACUAUUUCAGAGUUCUUCCCCUGCGCAACGAUACCGAAAGCCCCUCACCGCCUUUGAAGAUCACAGCGACAAUGUCGAGAAGAAACGGCGCACCCCCGGAGAGCAAGGACGCUGCUCCUCCGCCGAAAGAUCUGACGCAAGACAAACAAGCCCGCCUCCUCUCCUCAGAAGCCGGCCACUUCUCCCUCGUGCGCGCCCUGCACUUGGCGGAUUUCAUCACCGCGAUGAACGGCUUCUGCGGCGUCAUGUCCGUCUUCUCCUCCCUGCGCUACUGCACCCAAGACGACCCCUCCGAGUACCUGAACCUUUAUCUCGCGCUGGGCUUCAUCCCGCUCGGUCUAUUUUUCGACUUCAUGGACGGCAAGGUCGCGCGGUGGAGGAAGAAGGCUAGUCUGAUGGGCCAGGAGCUGGACUCGCUGGCUGACUUGAUAUCCUUCGGCGUCGGACCCGCCUGCGCCGCCUUCUCCCUCGGCAUGCGCACGCCGCUCGACCACCUCCUGCUGUCCUUCUUCGUCCUCUGCGGCCUGACGCGGCUUGCGCGCUUCAACGUCACCGUCGCCAUGCUGCCCAAAGACGACUCGGGGAAAUCCAAAUACUUCGAGGGCACACCGAUCCCGACCUCGCUAGCGCUCGCAAACGUGAUGUGGUUCUGGGUGUGGAAGGGGUGGACGCUUGCGGGCGAGGGCGUGCCGCUGGGUGUGUGGAUGGGAGGGAGCGUGUUGGAGGUGCAUCCCGCUGUAGGCAUGUUCGUGCUGCAUGGGUGUUUGAUGGUCAGUAAGUCUAUUAAGAUACCGAAGCCUUAGGGCGGGAGAGAAGGGAGGAACUGGUGGUAAGAGGCGUAGGAGUGGAGGCAUGUGAUGAGGAAUGAUGAUGGGAUAGGAUAGAUACAUUUUUGCGCGUGAGAAGCGUAACUUUCCCCUGUUUUUGGAAAAGCGACACCCCCUAUAUUUGGUAAUAGAGCAUCACGAUGGUUACGAGCACACAAGAAGACAAGACUCUUUGGAUGCCCCCUAGGGCAAUGGAUCUGUCUCCUGAGACCAAUAGGAACACCGAAGGCUUGGGCAGCCGUGAGGACCCUUGCUAGCUAUUAUCACUAAACGACUUGGAUUAUUAACAUGCCUCUGAUCUUUAAAUGUUAAA